CCAAGCGGCUGCGCCCGGGGCUCCGAACGGCGCGGCGGGGCCGGGGGCCAGGGACCCGCCGAGGAGAGCGGCGGCCCCUGACGGCUGCUGGAGGGGCGGCCGCGGGUGGAUGCGGCGGGAGCCGGGAGCCUCGAGCAGCCGGCGCCGUCUCUGCCCCCGGGCGCCCUAUGGCUUGAAGAGCCUGGCCUCCCAGUGGCCCUGUCGCCCCCAUGGACCCGCUGAACGUGUCCUGGUACGAGGACGACCUAGAGAGCCGGAACUGGAGCCGGCCCUUCAAUGGGUCGGGAGGGGAGCCCGACAGGCCCCCCUACAACUACUUCGCCAUGUCGCUCGCCCUGCUCAUCUUCGUCAUCAUCUUCGGUAACGUGCUGGUGUGCAUGGCCGUGUCCCGGGAGAAGGCGCUGCAGACCACCACCAACUACCUGAUCGUCAGCCUCGCCGUGGCCGACCUCCUCGUGGCCACACUCGUCAUGCCCUGGGUCGUCUACCUGGAGGUGGUGGGUGAGUGGAAGUUCAGCCGGAUUCACUGUGACAUCUUCGUCACUCUGGACGUCAUGAUGUGCACAGCAAGCAUCCUGAACCUGUGUGCCAUCAGCAUCGACAGGUAUACCGCGGUGGCCAUGCCCAUGCUCUACAACACUCGCUACAGCUCCAGGCGCCGGGUCACCGUCAUGAUCGCCGUCGUCUGGGUGCUAUCCUUCACCAUCUCCUGCCCGCUGCUCUUCGGACUCAACAACACCGAGCAGGACGAGUGCAUCAUCGCCAACCCCGCCUUCGUGGUGUACUCCUCCGUCGUCUCCUUCUACGUGCCCUUCAGCGUCACGCUGCUGGUCUACAUCAAGAUCUACGUCGUCCUCCGCAAGCGCCGCAAGCGGGUCAACACCAAGCGCAGCAGCCGAGCGUUCAGGGCCAACCUGAGGGCCCCCCUCAAGGGCAGCUGUACGCACGCCGAGGACAUGAGACUCUGCUCCACUGUCACCAGGUCUAACGGGAGUUUCCCAGUGAACAGGCGGAGAGCGGACGCUGCCCGCCGAGCCCAGGAGCUGGAGAUGGAGAUGCUCUCGAGCACCAGCCCGCCCGAGAGGACCCGGUACAGCCCCAUCCCGCCCAGCCACCACCAGCUGACCCUCCCCGACCUGUCCCACCAGGGCCCCCACAGCAUUCCCGACAGCCCCGCCAAACCAGAGAAGAACGGGCAUGCCAAGGAGCACCCCAAGAUUGCCAAGUUCUUUGAGAUCCAGUCCAUGCCCAAUGGCAAGACCCGGACCUCGCUUAAGACCAUUAGCCGCCGGAAGCUCUCUCAGCAGAAGGAGAAGAAAGCCACCCAGAUGCUCGCCAUCGUUUUGGGCGUGUUCAUCAUCUGCUGGCUGCCCUUCUUCGUCACCCACAUCCUGAACAUUCACUGUGACUGCAACAUCCCGCCCGUCCUGUACAGCGCCUUCACGUGGCUGGGCUAUGUCAACAGCGCCGUGAACCCCAUUAUCUACACCACCUUCAACGUUGAGUUCCGCAAGGCCUUCCUGAAGAUCCUUCACUGCUGACCCUGCCGCCCGCGCGCAAGGCAGCCUGCUUCCCACCUCCUGCCCAGGCUGCCCGGCCUCGAUCCCCGGGAGCCGGGGCCCUGCAGUGUU